AUGUGCGAGAGGCGAACGCCGCAGCAGUUGAGCGGCCGCGGCGGGAGCCCCGGGCUAGGCGGUCAAAUGCUGGCGAUGGACGUUACCAAGGAGGCCCGUGCGUCACCUCUACCGGCUACUACGCAGGGUGGCGCCGCUGCAGCGACACAACCGCCCCAACCACAGAUUUGUGCGGGAUGCAGCAAAGUGAUUACAGAGCGAUAUCUAUUGAAAGCUUUGGACCAGCUUUGGCAUGAAGAUUGCUUGAAGUGCGGCUGUUGCGACUGCAGACUGGGUGAAGUUGGACACACUCUGUACACAAGAGCUAAUCUUAUACUGUGCAAACGGGAUUAUCUAAGAUUAUUUGGCAACACCGGAUACUGUGCGGCAUGCAACAAAGUGAUUCCCGCCUUUGAGAUGGUCAUGCGCGCGCGCAGCAAUGUCUAUCAUCUUGAAUGUUUCGCCUGCCAGCAAUGUAAUCACAGAUUCUGUGUCGGCGACAGGUUCUACCUUUGCGAGAACAAAAUUCUCUGCGAAUACGACUACGAAGAGAGGCUAGUGUUCGCAAAUAUGGCGUACAACCCACCACCGCUAGCGCAUUUGAAACGGCAAACCACUCAUUUACCACCACCACCGACUAGCAGCGCCAUGGGCGGCCUCAUGAACGGUUCAAGCCGUUCUGGAGACCUGAACAACAAUAUGUCGGGAUCCUCUCCAGCUCCCUUCCAAGCCCCACCACACCUUAAGCCUUUGGGACUCUCUGCGACCAGCUGA